AUGGUCCAGCACAAGUGCGGCCAUCGUUUUACCACAACGACGCCGUUGGACGACGAACGUAUCGAUUGUGAAUCUUCCGCCUGCCAGCGCAGCCGCCUUCAUCGGGCUGACCACUGGUGUGAGCAGCGAAGGUGCAAUGGAAAGAAGCCCGAUAUCGUCCCGAGGAAGGUCACCAAGGUCGACACCAAGUGCGCCAGCUGCAUCAAGAAGGGCGACUUUAAAGCCAAGAUGGAGGGAGGACAGACCGUCGAGGAUGGCAUGUUCCAGUUCGACGACGAGGACCACUUCAAGAAGCCCCAGUGCCACUACUAA